AUGUCUUCCGACGACGACAUGCCGCUGGCACGUACCAAUGGCAAUCUCUCAGCGCCGACCAUCUCCAAGGCCGAAGACAAAGCCAUGGACGUCGACUCCUCCGCAAAGCCCCUGCCAUUUCCGAUGUCUGUACGCAACGGUCCCGUUGACACUGGCGAUUCUGCGCAUGUGAACGGCAACGGAAAGCGCAAAUCUCGGUCUUCAAUCAGCAAUGUCAAUUACCAAGAGUUGGACAGUGACGAGGGACCAUCUGCCAAGCGCCCUAGGAAAGUCGACCCUGACGACUCCGACGAUGAUGUCCCGAUCAUCAGAAAGAACAGGCUCCCCCCUGCUGCGAGCGAGACCGCUGUUGCCGAGGAUAGUGACGACGACCAGCCCUUGAACGCCAGGCUGGCUAAGCAGCGACAAUCUAUCGAGAAGCACGCCGAGCAAGAAGCCAAAGCAAUCAAUGCAAAGGAAGCCAAGGCGAAGAAACCCGCCGUGAAAAAGCCCGCACCGAAAAAAUCAACUCCCAGGAAGAAGGCCAUUAAGGAAGAGUCUGACGAUGACGAUGUGCCUUUGGCUGGUGCGAAGAGCCGGAAGCGAGCUGCCAAUGGAAUAUCUGGGAAAGGCAAGGGCAAGUCGAAUGGCGUUAAGAAGGAAGAAUCAGACUCCGACGAGCCUAUUCGCAAGAAGGUCAAGGCGGCUGCGAAGAAGGCCAAGGAAGAGAGCGAAGAGAUCGGUGAGGAAGAGGAUGAAGAAGAGUACGCAUGGUGGAACGCCCCCAAGAAAGACGACGACAGCAUCAAGUGGGAAACACUCGAGCAUAAUGGUGUUCUCUUCCCUCCCGAUUACGAACCCCUCCCCAAGAACGUCAAGCUCAUCUACGACGGUACUCCGGUCGACCUAGACGUCGAGGCUGAGGAGGUAGCGGUUUUCUUCGGUGCAAUGCUGCAUUCCACCAACAAUGUCGAGAAUCCGGUCUUCCAGAAGAACUUCUUCAACGAUUUCAAGGAGGUGCUCAAACGUACUGGCGGCGCCAAGGAUCGACAAGGCAACAACGUUACCAUCAAGGAGUUUUCGAAGCUUGAUUUCAAACCCAUCUUCGAGUAUUAUCACGGCAAAAACGAGGCGAGAAAGGCGCGUUCCGCGGCCGAGAAAAAGGCCGAGAAAGCCGAGAAGGACAAGAUGGAGGCUCCUUUCAUGUUCUGCAAGUGGGACGGUCGCAAGGAAAAGGUUGGCAACUUCAGAGUCGAACCUCCUGGCCUGUUCCGUGGCCGCGGCGAGCACCCCAAGACUGGCAGAGUCAAGGGGCGCGUCCUGCCUGAACAGAUCACCAUCAACAUUGGCAAGCAGGCCAAGGUACCCCCUCCUCCCGAAGGCCACAAGUGGAAGGCAGUCCAACAUGACAACAAAGCUACGUGGCUUGCUAUGUGGCAAGAGAACAUCAAUGGCCAGUACAAGUACGUCAUGCUGGGUGCAAACAGUGCGGUGAAAGGCCAGGCCGACUUCAAGAAGUUCGAAAAGGCCCGGGCUCUCAAGAAGCACAUUGCCAAAAUCCGAAAGGAGUACAACAAGGAUCUCAAGGCCGAGUCGAUGGCCGAUCGGCAGCGCGCCACCGCUGUCUACUUGAUCGACAAGUUCGCACUCAGAGCCGGCAACGAGAAAGACGCGGAUAACGAGGCUGAGACCGUGGGCUGCUGCUCGCUGAAGUUUGAGCACGUCACCCUCCGAGAACCCAACACAGUCAUUUUCGACUUCCUGGGUAAGGACAGCAUCAGAUUCUACGACGAAGUCACAGUUGAUCGACAGGUCUUCAAGAACCUCCGCGUAUUCAAGAAGCCCCCGAAGAAGGCAGGUGAUGAUAUCUUUGAUCGCCUUACGACCUCCCAGCUGAACAAGCAUCUUUCCAACUACAUGCCGGGAUUGACUGCCAAGGUCUUCCGUACCUACAACGCUUCCUAUACUAUGUCGACUCUGCUGCAGGACUUGAAGGUUGAUAAAAACACCACUAUUGCAGAGAAGAUAAAACUCUACAAUGACUGCAAUCGCCGGGUGGCCAUCCUUUGCAACCACAAGCGGACAGUCGGUGCUAGUCAUGAGGCACAGAUGGAGAAGCUUGGCGACCGUAUCAAGGGACUCAAGUAUCAGAAGUGGCGCAUCAAGCAUAUGCUUCUGGAUGUGGAACCCAAGAUGAAGAAGAAGAAAGGAGCAGAGUUCUUCGAGCUGGACCCAGAGCUAGAUGAAGCGUGGAUCUUGGAGCAUCAGACUUUCCUGGUCGAUGAACAGCGGACCAAGAUUACGAAGAAAUUCGAAAAGGACAACCAGAAGCGUCAAGAUGACGGCGAAAAGACAUUCCCCGACAAGGAGCUCAAGGAACGUCUUAAGGUGGCGGACGAGCUCAAAAAGAAACUACAGAAGGAGAACAAGACCAAGAAGGUCGAGGCCGACAUGAAAGGUCCCACCGUCGAGAAGAUUGAGGCCAACAUCAAGAAGAUCGAUGAUCGAAUCCGGACCCUCGAGCUCCAGGCUGCCGACCGAGACGGAAACAAGGAGGUCGCUCUUGGCACCUCCAAGAUCAAUUAUAUUGAUCCGCGUCUCACUGUGGUCUUCGCCAAGAAGUUUGAUGUGCCCAUCGAGAAGUUCUUCUCGAAGACUCUGCGUGACAAGUUCACCUGGGCCAUCAAGUCCAUUGAGAAUGAAGACAAUUGGGAGUUCUGA